AUGGCGUCCUCUUGUGUUCCUCAUCUUUCUCUCUCAGGUGGUUCUCAAUCUCAUUACGUGAAUGCAAAUGGACUGUCCACCGCAAAGCUCAAUUCGAUCUGUAAAUCCUCUGCAUUGAGUAUCCAGAAGAAAUCAAACCGGACUCGCAACUUUUCAGUUUGUGCAGAGUAUGGACACUUUGAGGUAAUAUUCAGGAGAAGGAGAGGAAGCGGUGGUGGUGGUGGUGAUUUCGUAGCUGGUUUUCUUCUUGGAGGUGCUUUGUUUGGCGCUGCCGCCUACAUCUUUGCUCCACAGAUCCGAAGAUCGAUAAUGAGUGAAGAAGAUGAGUAUGGAUUCAAGAAGCCAGAGCAACCAAGUUACUACGACGAAGGUUUGGAGAAAACAAGGGAGACUUUGAACGAGAAGAUUGGACAGCUUAACUCGGCUAUUGAUAAUGUCUCUUCGCGUUUAAGAGGUCGAGGGAAGAAGAGUUCUACCUCCCCUGUCGAAACUGAUGCAGAAGUUGAAGCUACUACUUGA